AUGGCCUUCUCUGCGGGCCCCUCUAUCCAAUGGCUUCAACCUAGCACGUCGGGGAUGUCCUAUACCCAGUCGUUCGCUAUCGUGCUCACGAGCAUCUUCUUUGUCCUCCUCGGGACCUACCUUCUUUUGUGGCCGAUCGCAGAAUGGAGGCUACCGGCCAGCUUUCGAAAUCUACCAGGACCGCGUGACGAUUCAUGGAUUGCUGGCGUCCUCCCCUCUCUUCUUACCGAGCCUGUGAACGCUCCUCAUACUCGCUGGACCAACACCUACGGGCUCACCCUCCGCUAUCGUAUCUUCUUUGGCAUCCCGCGCCUCCUCACAAUCGAUCCCACCGUCCUCUCCUACGUCCUCUAUCACCCUGAUCUGUUUCCCAAGUGUAACGCCACCAAGCGCAUGCUGGUCGAUAUGGUUGGGAAAGGUCUGUUGGUGGUAGAGGGAGAAGAGCACAGGAAACAGAGGAGGGCGUUGAGUGCGUGUUUUACGCCAAACGCGCUCAAGGGAAUGACAUCUAUAUUCUACGACAAGGCGUACGAGCUCAAGGACAAACUGGCCAACAUGAUCGAAGGAGAUGAUCCAGAGAUCUGCUCUCCGACCCCUACCAAAGCAGGGGACGAGGUCGAGGGCGGCAAACAGAUUGAUGUGAUGAGGUAUUUGGCGAAGACAACGCUGGAUGUUAUUGGGCUAGCAGGCUUCAGCUACGACUUCAACUCGCUCUCCGAAUCUCAUAACGAGCUUGCGGACGCUUUCGGCAGUAUGUUUGCUGCUGGCGCCGAUAUCGGAUUUGUGGCGUUUUUGCAAGUCGUGUUUCCGUUUCCAAUUGUCAAGUGGAUCCCAACUGCAAGAUCGAAGGCGAUCGCCAAAGCCAAAGAAGUGACCCAGCGUAUCGGCCUGCGCAUUAUCCAAGACAAAAAGGGCGAGAUAAUGGCUACUCACGAAAAGGACCUGGAGAAGAAUGUCGAUUUGGGCAAGGAUUUGCUUUCGAUUCUGAUCAAAGCCAACAUGGCCACCGAUCUCAAGCCCGAAGAUCAUUUGAACGACCAAGAAGUGCUUGACCAAAUAACGACUUUUAUGUUUGCUGGCAACGAGACUACUUCAACAGCGGUCACCUGGUGCCUGUAUCAAUUCGCGAAGAAGCCUGAAGUGCAGGAGCGGCUCAGAGAGGAGGUCUUGGCCGUUGCCGAUGAGCGUCCAUCCCUCGAUACUCUUCACUCACUGAAAUAUAUGGAUAUUGUCGUUCGCGAGGUCCUCCGUCUCUAUGCGCCCGUGCCCACCGGCAUCCGCAAAGCUGGACAAGACAUCGUGAUUCCCCUCGGAACGCCGGUAAUCGGUCGAGACCAGCAGAUCAUCACAAGUGUAGAGGUCAGCAAGGGCACGGCUAUCUUCAUCCCUACGGGAAGCAUCAACACUUCGCCACUGCUCUGGGGUCCCGACGCUACAGAGUUUCGACCGGAGCGCUUCUCCCAAGAUCUAAGCACUGGGGGAUGGGACCAAAUCCCAGGGGUCUGGGGAAACGUCAUGACCUUUUUGGGCGGGCCACACAAUUGUAUCGGCUAUCGCUUCUCGCUGGCCGAGAUAAAAGUGAUGCUGUUUGUCCUUUUGAGAAACUUUGAAUUUCAGGAGCUGCACAGUAAGCCGGAGAUUGAGAAGAAGGCAAGUGUUGUGAUGAGGCCAAAGGUCGUUGGAGAAGAGGAGGCAGGCCCUCAGCUGCCCUUGAUGGUGAGACCGGUGUAA